AUGUCAAAUGUCCCCAAUAUAGACCCUGGAGGGGAAACGCUGGAGGCGUCCGAAGUGAACGCCUUUUUCCCUGACCAUGGUCAACCGGGGACAAGUACUGAUGUGGUCCCACAACCACAAGGUCCUUAUCCACGUUAUAUGGUAACAGAUGAUAAUAUGUGGAUUCAGCCAUUAAACAAUGAGGUUUAUGAAGAUGAAUAUGGAAAUUAUCAUCAAAUACAGCAAAUUGAACAGCAACCUGAUCAUAUCGAAGAGGUGUACUUGCUUCCUGAUGAGGAUCGUGAUGUAGAAAUGAUGAGAAACGGUGUUGGAAGCCUACAAGUGGCUGCACAUGAAGUUGUUGUAGACGAAAUGUUAGGAACAUCUGUAGAACCUGAGCAAUAUAUUCAGCAAGUACCUACACAGGUUGUUAGAGGCUUUUCACAGCAGUACGUACAAAGUGCACCAUCACAUUCUGUUGCGCCACCCAUGUCGCAACCAAUCAUGGCGCCUGCUGGAACAAGUCGUGUACGAUAUAUCGUUCAACAUACAUCACAAACAGUAGAAGUACAACACAGUCAAGCCAUGUAUGAUGUAAGGCCGAUGGCGAUGUUUGAAGGACCAUCAAAUCAAGCUUUCGUACCACAACAACAACCACAGCAGGUUAUACGACCUGUUACUAGUUUUCGUUCACGAUCUAAAUCACAGCCUCGGCGAUCACUAUAUGGAGAGUUGGAGGACGAAUCGCUUACAUAUCUGGUUCAGAAACCAUUUCUAACUAUGAUUAAUACUUAUCACAAGCUGCGAGGAUCAUCAGACCACCCACGGCGUUUUCUUAAACUAGGCAUGAAUGAUCAGUAUGAUUGCAUUUAA